CAUAUUUUACUGCUGUUUUUUGUUUUGUGUUUUGCAAUCCCAUCAGCUAACUCUGUGACUGAGAUGUGAAGGAGCGAAGUGUGAGGAUGGCAGAGGUAGGGUUUCACGAGCGGAGUUCGGUGAGGUCGGGGUACAGAGCUCGAGAUGCUAGUCCUGAUUCUGUGAUUUUCACACUGGAAUCCAAUUUCAGCCUCUUCUCUUCCGCUUCCGCCAGCGUCGAUCGCUGCUCUUUCGCCUCCGACGCUCACGAUCACGACUCUCUCGCUUCUGAAAUCUCUCUGCAUUUGGCAGGACAUGAUCGUGACCACAAUGAGAGUUUAAGUGGCCCAGAUCUAGAUCCAAACAAACCCGGCACAGUACACAAGCACGGUCGUCUCUCACGAAAGGGAGAAAAAGUGAAAGUUCAAAACGAGGCUACUGAUGCUUUAAUAGAAGAUGACAAUCAACUCACAGAUUCCGCAAGAAGCUCAUUUUCUCUUGCUGUAAAAGAGUGUCAGGAGAGGAGAUCUAGAUCUGAAGCUUUGUGUAAGAAGCUCGACAGGCAAAGACCUGCUUCAAUAGAUCUGAAUAAUGUUGCUGCUUCUUCUCCACGGUUGGGAAAUAUGAAGAAAAGCUCAGUUACAGGCCGGAAAUCUGGUGCAUUUCCUAGUCCAGGGACUCCAAAUUAUGGUCACACUAGUGUUGGAAUGCAGAAGGGUUGGAGUUCUGAGCGAGUGCCCUUGCAUGGCAAUGAUGGCAAGAUGCAGGUGAGUGCUACUCUGGUGCCUUUGAAUAGUGGAAGGACUUUGCCUUCCAAGUGGGAAGAUGCUGAAAGGUGGAUAUGCAGUCCUGUGUCUGGGGAUGCAAGGCAGUCAAUUGCACCUCCCCAGAGGCGACCAAAAUCAAAGAGUGGUCCGCUUGGCCCUCCAGGGGUUGCCUACUAUUCAUUGUAUUCUCCAGCAGUGCCAAUGUUGGAAGAGGGGAAUGUGCAAAAAUUCAUGGCUGGUUCUCCAUUUUCAUCGGGUGUAAUUGCAGCUGAUGGUUCGGCAAUCCAUUCUGUCGGCCACGGUGGAGCUUUUACUGCACGAACAGAGCCUUGCAUGGCCCGUUCUGUGAGUGUACAUGGGUGCUCUGUGAUGUUGAACCCACCAUACUUGCCCUCCCAAGAUGAAAAACCUAAUAGAGUCAAGGAUAUGGGCAAUGAUAUUUCUCAUGAUAUUUCAAGAAGAGACAUGGCAACCCAAAUGAGUCCACAGGGGAGCAACCACUCAUCUCCUGAAGGAAGGCCUUCUUUCUCACCCUCCACCCUGUCUCCUCUACCUAUUGUGGAGGUGCAAAGCAUCCAUUCCUAUAAAUCAGAAGUUAGAGAUGUGCAGGUAGAUGAAAGGGUCACUAUGACAAGGUGGUCAAAGAAGAAUAAAGCCCGAAACCCAAGAAAGUGUUCAGACAUUGUUGAUGAUUGGAGAAAGAAAGCUGUUGAUGUUCAAACAUCAACCUGGGAUGUACCAGAUACAGCAAAGAACAUUUCCAAGAUCAAAAGAGAAGAAGCCAAAAUCACUGCAUGGGAGAAUCUGCAGAAGGCAAAAGCUGAGGCUGCAAUACGGAAACUAGAAAUGAAGCUGGAAAAGAAGAGGUCAUCAUCAAUGGAUAAGAUAAUGAAUAAGCUGAGAUCAGCUCAAAAGAGAGCCCAAGAAAUGAGGAGUUCGAUGUUAGCCAACCAGGCCAAUCGCAUUACAAGGACUUCCUAUGGGGCCAUAUCUUUACGUAGAACACGCCAGAUGGGUUCACUAAGUGGUUGCUUUACCUGCCAUGCUUUCUAAUUCCUCGUUGAUGCUAUGGUUGCUGGGUUUUGAUUGAUCUCAAAUGCCAGUUUAAGUGGAAUGAUCACUGGAGAUGGACAAGAUGAAUAUUGUACAGGAAGAAGCAUCAAUCUCUCUACGUUGACACUAAAUUGGUGUCACUGCAGUUUUGCAUGACUGAAGAACGGCUGCCUCUGUCAAGAUUCCAGAUAAAAUGCAUGACCUCAGUUGUGCCAUAACCCAGAACUUAAAAGUAUUUCAUGAACAUUCUACUAAUAAAUCUUGCACGCUUGUAUCUGUAAUAGUGUAUCAACCUUUAAAUUUUUCAUUCUGUGAUAGUUUGCCCUGCAAGUGAAAAAUUCACUCUUAUC